CAAAGUUUAGCUUGUUAGUAAUUCUAUUUUAGUGAUUUUAGUGGGAGCUUCUGAAGAACUCCUUGUCUUCUUACUCUGCUAAUAUCUAGGAGGAGAUGGGGAAUGCAAUGAAAACAGAAUGAUUGGAGCUGGAAUUCAGUAUAUUUCAGUGUUCAUCAAAGCUGGUAAGUCCUUGUCCUCCAAAUUCUCUCUUUUCUUUACACUAAUUACAUUUUCUUCAGGUUGCUUUGUUUUAACUUAUUUUGUUUCAUUCUUGUUCCUGACAUAUUUCAUCAUACUUCUUGUACCACUACCAGGAAAACAUUUACAAGAAUGCAUGUAGCAGUUCAUUUGUUUCAUUUUGAUUCAUGUCUUGAAGCAGAUGCGAACAAGAUUAUAAGCUUCACUUUCUAAAAUGCAAGGAGCAGUUAGAGAUAGAGAAUGUGAACGAGCAAAAAAGACGUACAUCAAAAGAAAAGGUAGUGAUUAUGAAGCCCAAAUUAAACUGUGUUGAUUUGCAUUUCAUUUAUUUUGAUUUGAUUCAUUUCUAAAGAAUAAGACGAACCUUUGUUUCUUCAGUGCCUCUGUUCUUUGCCUUGGAAAGCUGUGGCAGAAAUCCGAUAAGGCUCAUAAAGUGUCUUCAAGUGGACGCUGUAUUAUGUUUCAGUGUCUGAACCUGUAGCUGUUUCAUUCUCAUUUGUUCUCCAUUUUCUUGUUGUAUUACUUGCUUUAUCUUUCCUCUUGCUGUUAUUGUGAUUGUUUGAAGAUGAUUUUGUAACACUCUCUUGAUAUAGUAGAGCUAUUUUUCAUGGACUAGAAGUCCUGUAGUUUUUACUCUUCUAUUUGAAGAGGUUUUCCAUGUAAAAAUUGUCUCUGAUGUGUGUUUGUUUGCCUUACCCAUUCUUAUUUGUUUACAUAUUUAGUUGCUGUCAUAUUUGUUGACCUGAAAAAGGAACUGAUUUCAUAAACUUUUCAAGUGUCA